AUGUCGACGACACACGGAAUCACAGAAUCACAAGUCCACUCGACGAUUGAACUGCUCAUAAAUCAGCUCGUCGGCCUAAAAGACAAAACGGAAGAAUACCUCUACCACCUACCUGACGGCCGCACCAUCGACACCAAAUCAUGGGAUGGUUGGGACUGGACACAUGGCGUCGGUCUCUAUGGUAUCUGGAAGUACUACGAACUAACAGGGAAACCGGAACACCUGCAAAUAAUCGAAGAUUGGUUCAGCAAUCACUUCAAGGCCGGGUCUACGGAGAAAAACAUUAACACCGUUUCUGUAUUCCUCACCCUCGCCUACGUCUACGAAGAAACAGGGAAUAAGACAUACCUCCCCUGGCUCGAGAGCUGGGCUGAAUGGGCGUACCACGACCUCCCCAGGACUGAAUACGGCGGAAUGCAGCAUAUCACAUACGUCAAGACAAACCACCAGCAACUGUGGGACGAUACCUUGAUGAUGACCGCGCUCCCAUUAGCCAAAACCGGAAUGCUGCUUAACCGGCCUCACUAUGUUGAAGAAGCCCUGCGCCAGAUGCUCACUCUCAUCCAAUAUCUGUUUGACAAGGACACGGGUCUCUUCUUCCACGGGUGGGAAUUUGAUAUCACCGAGUCCCUUCGGGCAGGCCAUAAUUUUGCGAACGCUCGCUGGGCACGCGGGAAUAGUUGGCUGACAAUCGUUAUCCCUGAGAUGCUGGAGCUGUUGGAGGGUGGCGACGGGUCGUCUUUAUCGUCCAGUCCUGCGCUCGGUGCGCUGCGGUCUCAUCUGAUCAACACAUUGACAGCGCAAUGCCGGGCUUUAGCGCGACUGCAGGAGCCCUCUGGGCUAUGGAGGACAUUGCUCGAUUGUCCUGCAUCUGAGGGGUCGUACCCUGAGGCAUCGGCUACCGCAGGGUUUGCGUAUGGAAUACUGAAGGCGCGGCGAAAGCGGAUUCUCCCUGCCGACGUUGGUUCUGGAUGUGCUGAGCGGACGUAUGAUGGGAUUGCCAUGGCGGCGAUGAAGGCUGUCUUGGAUAAUGUUUCUAGUGAUGGGGAAUUGAUGCAGGUGAGUUUUGGGACUGGGAUGGGGGAUACAUUGCAGUUUUAUAAAGAUAUCAAGAAGACGGCGAUGCCGUAUGGGCAGGCGAUGGCGAUUAUGGCAUUGGCGGAGAUUCUGAGGCGGUUUUAUUGA